AUGGCCGAUUACGGGUCUUCUUCCAGCCGGCCCUCUUCAUCUGCUUCUUCAGAGCUGCCAUCACUAGAAGACUUGCUUCGAGAAUCAGCCAUCGCUAGCCAAGUCAAACACCAGCAACCCCCAGAUGAUGGUGAUCGCAGCAGUAAUGGAAACACCAAAGAGAGCAGCAGCAGCGUCAUCAUAAUAGGCGAAAGCAACAUUGCCAACAACAGCAGUAGCAACAGCAAUAACAGCAGCAGAAGAAGCAGCAUCAUGGCUGGCCAAAGCAUCAGUAUCGUCGAUGACAUGGACAUGGACACCAACGUCAACACCAGCAGCAACGACAACGACAACGCCGACAUCCACGACGACACUCCCAUCCCACCUCUCACCAGCAUUUCCGCCGCCGUCUUCGUCCCCAUCCGCGACUCCAACAAGCUCCUCCAGCCCCUCGACCUCGCCCCCGACUCUCCAGCCUACCACCGCGCCGCCCUCGAUCUCGUCACCCGCCACGAGUCCUCGGUACGCAGCAACCUCAACGCACUCUUCCACCGCGAAAUGUUUCGCGUCCGCGCCGCCAUCGCCGACAGCGACAACCCCCCCUUCGACUACAACGCCGCCCGCGCUGCUCACGUCCGCGCCCGCGACGAAGACGCCCUCCGCCGCGACUGCGAUGCCAUGAUUGCAAACAUGCGCGCGCCAGAUACGUCCAAUUGCAAGUACGGCGCAACAAACAUCCCCGCGCCCAACAUGAACGUCCCCGUGACUUAUGCGCCCGUCGGGUCGCCCCGCGAGUUCGCCGCCACGGAGGUCAUGAAGGUGAUUGCCGCUGCCGUCGGAGACUUGGCCAGCUUUGAUAGACAUGUGCGUAACAGGCGAGCGACCAUCAAGAAACAGAUUCAGGAGGCAGAGGCGGAGGCG